AGUUCCCGCGUGCGGUGAGAUAGUUUGCCUCCGCCCGGCCACCGUCCGUGUCAGCGUUCAGCUUAUUUUGUCCUCCGGCCGCCGCCGUUUCGGGUUACUCACCGAUCCGAGUUGUGAGGGAGAGGUGUCUGUUUCGGGGAAGCCGGCUUGUGUUGCCGGCGCCAUGGAGUCGCCUUUUAGUCCGGUUCUUCCUCAUGGACCAGAUGAAGACUGGGAGUCUACAUUGUUUGCUGAACUUGGCUAUUUCACAGACACUGAUGAUGUGCAGUUUGAUGCAGCGCAUGAGGCUUAUAAUAAAGAAUGCAGACACAGCUGGAAACAACGCAGGAGUCAGAAAGAGGGAAAAUAAUUUUGAUCAUCUUAAUUUUGAUUUGGAUUUGAUGCCUUGGGAAUCAGACCUAUGGAGCCCCGGCAGCCACUUCUGCUCAGACAUGAAGGCAGAGCCCCAGCCUCUUUCUCCGGCUUCCUCCAGUGGCUCCAUCUCCUCUCCUCGGUCCACAGACUCGUGUUCUUCAACUCAGCACGUUCCUGAGGAGUUGGAUUUGUUGUCUAGUUCUCAGUCCCCCCUUUCCUUAUAUGGCGACAGCUGUAAUAGCCCCUCCUCUGUAGAGCCACUGAAGGAAGAGAAGCCUGUCACUGGUCCUGGAAGCAAAACGGAACAUGGACUGACUCCAAAGAAAAAAAUUCAGAUGAGUUCAAAACCUUCAGUUCAGCCCAAGCCUUUAUUACUUCCAGCAGCGCCCAAGACUCAAACCAAUGCCAGUGUUCCAGCAAAAGCCAUCAUCAUUCAGACACUACCAGCCCUUAUGCCACUGGCAAAGCAGCAGUCGAUUAUCAGCAUACAGCCUGCGCCCACCAAAGGUCAGACUGUUUUGCUCUCUCAGCCGACUGUGGUUCAACUUCAGAGCCCUGCAGUUCUGCCGUCUGCUCAGCCAGUUCUUGCAGUCACUGGAGGAGCCACACAGCUACCUAACCAUGUGGUGAAUGUGGUGCCAGCCCCUGUGGUGAACAGCCCGGUGAAUGGAAAACUUUCCGUGACUAAACCUGUUCUACAAAGUGCCACCAGAAGUAUGGGUUCGGAUAUCGCUGUGCUGAGGAGACAGCAGCGGAUGAUAAAGAACCGAGAGUCUGCUUGUCAGUCGCGCAAGAAGAAGAAAGAGUACAUGCUAGGACUGGAGGCCAGGCUGAAGGCUGCCCUCUCAGAGAAUGAGCAGCUGAAGAAGGAGAAUGGCUCCCUGAAGCGACAGCUGGACGAGGUGGUGUCAGAGAACCAGAGGCUCAAAGUCCCAAGUCCAAAGCGAAGAGCUGUCUGUGUGAUGAUAGUAUUAGCAUUUAUAAUGCUGAACUAUGGGCCCAUGAGCAUGCUGGAGCAAGAUUCCAGAAGAGUGAAACCUAGUGUGAGCCCUGCCAAUCAAAGGAGGCAUCUCUUAGAAUUUUCAGCGAAAGAAGUUAAAGACACAUCAGACGGUGACAACCAGAAAGACAGUUACAGCUAUGAUCACUCUGUGUCCAAUGACAAAGCUUUAAUGGUGCUAAGUGAAGAGCCAUUGCUUUAUAUCCCUCCGCCUCCAUGUCAGCCCCUGAUUAACACCACAGAGUCUCUCAGGUUGAACCAUGAACUUCGAGGCUGGGUUCAUAGACAUGAAGUGGAAAGGACCAAAUCUAGAAGAAUGACAAAUAGCCAACAGAAAGCCCGCAUUCUCCAGGGUGCUCUGGAACAGGGCUCAAAUUCUCAGCUGAUGGCUGUCCAGUACACAGAAACCACUAGCAUCAGUAGGAAUUCUGGGAGUGAGCUGCAAGUGUAUUACGCCUCCCCUGGAAGUUACCAAGGCUUCUUUGACGCCAUCCGCAGGAGGGGAGAUACGUUUUACGUUGUCUCAUUUCGAAGGGAUCAUCUGCUAUUACCAGCUACCACCCACAACAAGACCACAAGACCAAAAAUGUCAAUUGUAUUACCAGCAAUAAACAUAAAUGAUAAUGUGAUCAAUGGGCAGGACUAUGAAGUAAUGAUGCAGAUUGACUGUCAGGUGAUGGACACCAGGAUCCUCCACAUCAAAAGCUCCUCGGUUCCCCCUUAUCUCCGGGAUCAUCAGCGGAACCAAACCAGCACCUUCUUUGGUUCCCCUCCAACAGCCACAGAGACGACCCAUGUGGUCAGCACCAUCCCUGAGUCGUUGCAGUAAUGCCCUGAGCUGCGCUGGACAGCAGAGACUGAAGAGCUGGUGAAGAUGCUGCUCUCUGCCUCCUCGGCAAGCAGAGACCUGCCUUUUACGCAACUCCAGGGGAAGAGGAAGAGAGAACAGGAAGUGCUCUGCUUGUCACCGUCUACCCAGUAGGGUGGAACAUGCUAGAGAGCAGUUCUCUGGUGGUAGUGCAGCCCUGUGGGCAGUGUCACCUGGUGUUGGUUCUGCUGUGUCAUCUUCCGUGCUUUUCCCAAUGUGUCUGGUUCUCAGUUAUCUUCCUUCAGGUCAGACCCACUUUCUCUUCUGUCCACUGCACUUCCUUCAGGUCAGACCCACUUCCUCGUCUGUCCACUGCACUUCCUGGCACAGUAAAGAGAUUUGUAUUUAAAGCUUUAGAACACAUGCUCAUGUGGUUUCCACCAAUUGGCUUUCUCUCUCCUUUGGUUCAAAUCCAUUCUGAAUGUUAUACUUGAGAAAACACAUUUCAAAAAACCGAGCAGCCAAAAACAUCCCACAAAGAGUCAAAACAGUUUAGAGUUCGGGUAAAGGGAUUAUCUCCAGUUGGUAAGAGUUUAUUUUUACUUGUGAUUUGUGGUUCAGCCCUGGACAAAUAACUGUUGUGGGCUCACAGUGAGCCACACACUGGAGACAAGGGAAGGGAAGGCCAGUGGCGGAAUGUAAGGGGAAGUGACUCCAUUUUCAUUUGUGUUUAAACACAGAGUUCCUGUGACCUCUGUAAGCUCAGAGCCACAGCCACCCCUCACUGUUGGAACUUGGCUAAUCAGCAGAGAUCUUCAAAGACCUCCGCUCACAUGCUUGCCUCUCAUUGUGGACCCUCAGCCCAGAGCAUACUCCUGUGAAACCAGACUCAGCAAAGGGACUUGGAGGUCACUACGCUUAAGCAAGACUAGAGAGUUUCCCUUAAGGACCAACAGUACACAGAGCAAGCAUGGCUUCCCAGAGAAGCUGCGGCAUAGUAUGGUGAAAUUCUUAGUUUUUCCAGUGGAAAGAUGAUAAAGGAAUUAAGCUCUCUUUGUUGUUGCUAUGGCUGUGAACAUGGCUUUAAUCCUAGCACCAUUUGAAAGGAAAGGUAGGCUUUGUUUGAUAUCAGCCUGGCCUACAUUUCAAAUUCCAGGACAGGACAGCUAAAGCUAUAUAAAGAACCCACCUCAAAAAAUAGAUGAAUGAAUGAAUGAAUAAAUAAAUAAAUACAAACAAAAAGCAAAAGUUAUGUUCACAUAUAUUUUAUUGUAUUUUGCCUGCUUCCUUCACCAUAGCAAGCAGCCACAUUUCUAUUGCACUGUACAUUGUACAUUACAAGUUCACAGAAAUGGAUGCCAGGACUCAUGUCGGUCAUGUGCUGCCUCCCUUCCCAGGAUUUCAGCAGGUUCUCAUAGACUCUUCCCAGCUGGCUUGCCACCAUUGUCAGGUGAUCCCAUUCCAGUAAGCACAAUGGCGGCUAAGUCCUCUUCUCUCUACAAGGAGUGACACACAGUCAGGUCAUCUUCUGCCCAUGGCCCCAUUAUGCCUGGCACUGUUCACCAACAACUGUUCCUUGGACAGCACUGCUGCCUUCUAAGCUAAGGUUAGAUGCUUUCAGGGCAGGGCCAUUCUUGCUGAAUUCGGUGCCGCAGUCCAUCCUAAUUGGCUCUUGGGUGAUUUUCAGACAAGACCUGUUAGUCCCCGGAGCUGGUCCUCUAAUGGGUGCCAAGGAGAAGAUACCAAAUACAUGGAGUACCUUUAGGAGUAGCCAUUUGGGGGGAGGUGGGCUACCCUGUGGCCAUGUACUUCCUGCCUGUGAAGCAGCUCAACACGAGGAUGUGACUGUGGCUGUGGGCAGAGGCAGCACACGCAUUCCUGAUGCUGAUCUGCUGAGACACGUAUAGAAUCUGCAGUGACCCCAGUGUACCAGUGCCUCAGAUUAAAGACCUCACUAGUGUCACGUUUGCUAAGGCUGAUGCCUCUCCUACAGGUAACAGUGGGGAUGACAGUUGGAAGGCACAGCCAAAGAGCAGAUAGAAGUUAAGGUGGCCACAGCAUAGGUCAGAGAGCCAAGGAGCUGGGGAGGACUGCUCAAAACUAGUCUGGAAGCUUGCCUUCUCUGCUCCCACUGACCAUCAGGUCCUGUCAUUACCACUCUCAGGUCCGUCUUAUGAGAUGAGGAAUGGGGUCCUCCUCAGGGGAGAGUUUCAGAAGUGAGGGAAAGGCAAUUACAGAUAGAAAGAAGUAUCCUGCCAUUUAAAUUGCUGAAAGAGAUAGAAUCCCUGGGUUCGGUAGUUUGUAUCUUAAUGUUGGUGCGCUAGCACAGGCCCAUUGGAGAGGAAAAGCUGUUGUUCUGGGAGCAAAGUAAGCAGCCAUUCAGGUCUCAUUUUUAUUUUGGUAUGAUUGCCCUUGGGUGUUUAUAGUCCAGAACUGUAGGAGCUAUGUAUGUACAUAAUAUAUAUAUUUUAAUUUAUUAAGUUUUAAAAUGUGAUUUUUCAAGAUUAUGAAAAAAAUUAAAUAAAUUUGAGCUAGAGAAAUGGCUCAGUGGUUAACUUCACUUACUGCUCUUCCAGAGGACCCAGGUUCAGUUCCCAGCUUACAACCAUCUCUAACUCCAUUGGGGACAGGCUGGGGGAUGGGAUCCUCUACCUUUUUCAGGCCUCUGCAGACACCAGACACACAUAAUGGUGCACAAACAUGUGUUCAGGCAAAACACUAAUAUACAUAAAAAAUAAAAAUAAAUAAAUCUGGUUUUUCGAUCAGAUAAAUUCCCAGAGGAAGUCACUCCACCUGUUACUAGAUGAUUUUGUGCCCUGGGCUGAUGGUACUGUGAUGUUGGAAAGUGUUGCUAGAGGCUGGCGGUGUGGUCUUUUGUGUGUUUGCAAGUCCCCCACUUUUAAAUUCAGUGGGAGUAACUGCAUGUUCCCUCCUGUUAACAGAGCAGCUUCUCUCUGCAGUUAGCUCAUAAAACAGCUUCCUUAGAAUAGAAUGGAAACCCACGUUCAAGUUAGGAGGUGAUGAGAAUGGAUGCUUGAGAGAUGAAUGUCUGCAACACAAAGCUGGUCCCCUUUGCCUUUCUCAUUAGCAAGAAGUAGACCCUGGGCUGGCCAGAUGGCUCAACCGUUGAGAGCUCUUGCUGAGUCUCCAGGAGACCCAAGUUCCAUUCCUAGCACCCAUGACACAGCCCAUAACCCCUAACUCCAGUUCCAGGAGAUCUAAUGCCCUCUUCUAGCCUCCCUUGGCAUCUGCACACACAUGGCACUCACUAACACAGAUACACAUAAAUAAUAAUAAUAUUAGUCAUGAAGCAGACAAGGAAGUACUCAAAAGUUACAUAAUGUGCAUCAUUCCUGAAUUUUCCCAGUAACUGUCACUUAAAAACCGAGGGAACUGACUUUUCUCUCGUAUGUUUAAAGUGACUGUCGUGGUUCAAUCUUGUUGGCCCAAAUCUCCAUCCUAGGCAAAUAUUCCCUAGUCGUUACAGCUGCCCAAUGCUGUUGGUCAUGGCUGCCAUAACUAGAACAUUUAACCCAAGACAACUCCCACAGUUCUACUGUGAGACUGUAAGACUGGGAAUUGAUCUAAUUAAAAAGCCAGUCUUGCUGUUUUACUAUGAAACUUGACAGAAAUGUACCACAGCAACAAAGCUAGGAAUCACGGAUGACCUCCUCCCACAUCAACAACUUCCAGUCCGACUUCUGCUUUAAUAGCAGGUUAGAAGCUCUUGCAUGUCCUUAAGCUAGAGAGCCAGUGUUCCUGUGCAGUGGCUCCCCAUUCUGGUCUCAUGGAGGUGCCCCCAUCACCACGACACCCCUCCCCCCAUGGUGGCCUUCUUUCCACCUCAGCCUGGGAGCAUUGACCACAUCCUUCAGCAGGUACAUACACCUCAACUUCCACGUGUGACCUGUAGCUCCGUCAUAAGAGUCAACUUCCCAAGCUCUCCGCAUAGUCCCACCGGCAAACUCAUAGUCCUUACCCACCUGUUCUUUGAUCAGUUGUGGGGCAUUUUAAUUUACAUAAGUAAUGAUUUUUUUUUUUUUUUGCUGCUAAUAUGAACACCAGUUAUAUUUUUAACCAAAAGAAAAAAAGUAAGGCCUAGAAGGAAGAUAAUGAAUUGAGGACAUUGAUAUUCCCACCCUGAUAGCACUUGGAAAGAGACAUUUCCUCCUGUAGUGGUCCCCACUACAGGAAUUGUGGGUGAUUUUUAAGUAACUACUGGACUGCCUAGGAAGAUAUUCCCAGAGUCCGAAAGGAACUAUGCACAUAGAGAAAAUACAGUUUUCUCCUGCCUAAGGAAACUAUUAGUAUUCUAUUAGCUUAUAUUUUAAUAACUAAGCUUAAAACAUAGUUUAUUUUGGAUAUUACUAGAACUUGCAGCAAUUCUAAUAUCUGUCAGGUACUCAUAGUAUCUAUGGGGAAAAAAAAAGAUAAGACUGUGUGAUUAGGAAACUGUGAGUCAUGGCAUGGCCAGCCAGUGUCACAAAACAACCCUGUGCUUGGCUAGCUUUAAGCAUUACAGACUUAGUGCAUGAAAAGACUUAAUUAUAUUGGGUUCAAGAACUAAAGAGUCAAUAAGUCACCUGUGGAGGUCAACAAAUACCACACUGGUGGCUGUUUGUCCUCCGUCAAGCUGGUGACUAUAGUGAAAUGAAGCAGGAGGUGUGGCAUCUUCCCCAGGAUGCUAGUUCCGGACUGAACCAGCACGUGUGUGUCAAUUGAACUAUCCUAGUUCAUUAUCGCCUCUACUUUCUGGGCAGUUGCCAGGAUGCAGGAGAUGAAGAAAGCUACAAAGCACUGCUCUCUUUGAGAUUCUAGGUUUUCUUUUCUUCUCAUCAUGGUAAUGAGGGGCAGUGAAGCCAGUGGCUUAAAUGAGCAUAGACCCAUGGUCAUUUAAGUGUGGGUGGGAGGUGGAUGGGGUAUGUAGCUUAGAUGGAAGACUGCUUGCUUAGAGUGCCUGAAGCCAUGGCUUCCUUCACCACAUAAACUAGGACGGUGGAGUGUGCUUAGAAUCCUAGCAUUUGGGAGGUGGAAGUGGGAAGAUUGGGAGUUAAGGGUCAACCUGGGAUACGUGGGACCCUGUCUUACCAUGUGUGGAAAGAAAUGCAGGAAAAAUGUAUUGUUCUCUCCCUGAAUAAUUAUGUCCGUUUACAAUAAAUAAUGGCAGCAGACUAUUUCAUAUUUUCAAACAAGUCUUUAUAAUGCAAUACCUGUUCUUUCUCUGAAACCCAAAUAAAGACUUUUAAAACUGU